UUCAAAGCCAAACUACCAGCUCAAGGUCUUUUUUAUCUCUUUUUCAUCACUAACAUUACAUACUACUGUCUCAUUUUUCUUUUGUAUGUCAAUUAAAGUUCAUCACUCUUUCCUUAACUGCAAAUUAAACCUCUAUUUCAAUGUGGUUACCCAAUAUUUUCUCUGCAAAUCACCCUAAAAUACCUUAUUAUAAUUCUCCUUUGAUUCACCAAAAUCUUGUUCAUAAACUCAAUGGACAAACCCAACAUAAUGGACCCAAAAUUAAUGUUGUGUUUCGUUUCUUGCAAAGGCUCACUUCUGGAAAGAAAAUUGAUGGAGGGUCAAGAACUGUAGAAGAAGAGAAGUUGUAUUCUUGGCUGUAUGCUUUGGCUCAAUCUGAGAAAGACUUGGUGUAUGAGUAUGUUCGAUCCACCGAAAGAGGCUUGAGCUUUGCUGAAGCUGACAGAAGACUUAAAGAAUCUGGCCCAAAUAUUCCUCUUGAGAAUACUUUCCCAAAGUGGUGGAAUCUUCUGUGGAUUGCUUCAUUCCAUCCUUUUAACAUCAUUCUUCUUUUCCUCUCAGUAAUCUCUUAUAUUACAAGUGACAGUCCAAAUGGCUGUAUCAUGCUCAUAUUAGUCUUCAUAAGCGUCUCUUUCCGCUUUUACCAGGAAUACAGCAGCUCAAAAGCAGCAAUGAAGCUUGCAGAGUUUGUUAGGUGUCCUAUAAAGGUUCAACGAUGUGCUGGUAGAAUUUUUCAGACUGAAGUACAGGUUAAAGUUGAUCAAAAAGAAGUUGUACCAGGCGAUAUCGUAAUCGUUGAACCAGGGGAUCUUUUCCCCGGUGAUGUGAGGCUUCUUGAAUCAAAGCACCUAGUUGUCAGUCAAUCUUCACUAACAGGCGAAUCUGACACGACUGAGAAAACAGCUUACGUGAGAGAAGAUAACAGCACUCCAUUGCUUGAUCUAAAAAACAUAUGCUUUAUGGGAACAAGUGUGGUGUCUGGUAGUGGAACCGGUCUGGUUAUCUCUACCGGCUUAAAGACGUACCUCAGCACAAUCUUUUCAAAAAUAGGGAAGAAAAGGCCACCAGAUGAUUUCGAGAAAGGCAUCCGCCACAUAUCGUAUGUGCUUAUCAGUGUCAUGCUCGUUGUGGUUACAGUUAUCGUCCUAUCCGUUUACUUUACAUCACAUGAUCUGAGUAAGAGCAUACUAUUUGGAAUAUCAGUUGCAAGUGCACUUACCCCUCAAAUGCUUCCCCUUAUUGUGAAUACUGGUCUUGCGAAAGGAGCUCUUGCCAUGGCCAAAGAUAGAUGUAUAGUUAAGAGCUUAACUGCUAUACGAGACAUGGGAUCCAUGGAUAUAAUAUGCAUAGAUAAGACUGGUACACUGACGGUGAAUUUUUCGACCAUGGUUAAUUACUUUGAUAGUUGGGGUUCACCAAAUGAAACCGUCCUACACUUUGGUUUCUUGAAUGCUUACUUUCAAAACCAAAAUAAGUAUCCUCUGGAUGACGCGAUUAUGGCAUAUGCAUAUACAAAUGGAUACAAGUUUAAGCCCUCGAAGUGGAAUAAGAUAGAUGAGAUUCCCUUUGAUUUUACAAGAAGAAGAGUAUCUGUUAUAUUGGAAACCAAGAUGAGCGCCAAAGACGAACAAAUGAGUAUUGGUGACAGAGUUCUGAUAACAAAAGGAGCACUAGAAGAUAUUUUGAGCAUAUGUUCUUUCAUUGAGCGCGUUGAUGAGGGGAGGAUUUUCGCUUUCACCAAAGAAGAUUACAGAAGAAUUACUGAGCUCUCAGAAAAAUUAAGUAAUGAAGGAUAUCGGGUUCUUGGGUUAGCAAUGAAACAACCCCUACCGCAAGUUGGAGUUAGCAGCAUGAUCUGCGAUAAGGACAUUGAAUCCAAUAUGGUUUUUGUUGGGCUUAUAUCCUUCUUUGAUCCACCAAAAGAUUCUGCAAAAGAAGCGCUGUGGCGCCUUGCAGAGAAGGGAGUAAAAGCUAAAGUAUUGACAGGUGAUACUCUAUCUCUUGCGAUAAGAAUAUGCAAAGAGGUCGGUAUUAAAACAACUCACGUCAUCACUGGACCUGACCUUGAGUCACUAGACACAGAUUCUUUCCAUGAGACAGUGAAGAGAUCAACAGUUUUCGCCCGACUCACACCUUCUCAGAAACUGAGGGUGGUGCAAUCUUUACAAACAAUGGGCGAUCAUGUUGUUGGUUUCUUAGGAGAUGGAGUAAACGAUUCGCUUGCAUUGGAUGCAGCAAAUGUGGGCAUAUCUGUUGACUCCGGUGCUUCAAUGGCCAAAGACUUUGCUAACAUUAUCUUACUCGAAAAAGACCUUAAUGUUCUUGUAGCUGGAGUUGAGCAAGGUCGGCUCACAUUUGGAAACACGAUGAAGUAUAUUAAAAUGUCAGUGAUCGCCAAUCUAGGAAGCAUAAUUUCACUGCUGAUCGCGACAUUAAUUUUCGGAUUUGAGCCCUUGACGCCAAUGCAGCUUCUUACUCAAAACAUCUUGUAUAAUCUUGGCCAAAUUGCAAUACCUUGGGACAAAAUGGAAGACGUUUAUGUUCAAACUCCACAGAGAUGGUCACUAAAAGGCUUAGCGACAUUUACACUAUGGAACGGACCUCUUUGUUCUGCAUCCGAUAUAGCUACACUCUUAUUCCUUUUGCUAUAUUACAAGGUUUCAAGAUUUGAUUUUGAGUUUUUUCGUUCUGCUUGGUUCGUUGAAGGACUUCUGAUGCAAACACUAAUCAUACACCUGAUCCGAACAGAGAAAAUCCCGUUUAUCCAGGAGGUUGCAUCAUGGCCUGUUGUUUGUUCUACUGUUGUUAUAUCAACAAUUGGAAUUGUAAUCCCAUACACAACAAUGGGAAAUGUUCUAGGAUUGACAGCCUUACCAUUGUCAUACUUUGGUUUUUUGGUUGUCCUCUUCUUAGGUUAUUUUUCAUUUGGACAAAUUAUCAAGAGAGGCUACAUUUUGGUGUUCAAGACAUGGCUUUAGGUGUCAAGAAGUAUAAGAGUAACACAUCUGGAAAAAAAAAAUCAUGUAUUUUUCUCUCUCAUGUAAUUCAAGUUUACAGCUAUAUAUAUAGUUUUUGUUAAAGAAUCUU